GACAUUGACGUUCGUCCCCACAUUGUUGGUACCAAUCUUACUAAAUACAAAUAUUUAUUUUUCAAAAUAUGAAAAGUUUUAUGUGAAUCCAUUGUGAAUCAAAUUAAAAUGUCUGAUCCAACUAUUCAAACAUUUUGCUGCCAUCAUACAGGCAAUGCGGAAGAUGUAGCUAUGAGAAUUAUGAACGAGUUUAAUACGGAUUCAUACAACACAGUCUGUCUUGUUUCGUCUAUUAUUGGAAUAUUUGGAUCUUUUUAUCAGAUAUAUCCACGCCAAGCCAAAGAACCACUCAGAUGGAAUACUUCAGCUUCAAUUCGUGGUCGAUGCAUAAUAUUCUGGCUGGCUGUUGCGGAUUUAUUCGCUUCUUUUGGUGUGUUAGUUCGUUCUUCCCUUUGGUUAAAAUAUAAAAACAUAAUGCCAAUGCCAGAUGAUGAUGUCAGUGUAUUAUUCUGCAGUAUUAUAUCAGCUUGGACACAAUACUUUUAUACUGCAACUUGGUUUUGGACACUAUUUUAUGCCAUAGACACAUGGGACACUAUUCGUGGGCGUGAUUCACACCUUCUACUUUAUCAUUCCUUUGCUUGGGGGUUGCCUGCAGCAACUACUACCUUUGGAUUAUCAAUCUUAUACAUCCCAAAUGCCACCUGCCACAAUUUGUCAUCUGUAUCAAGUGCUCUAUACAGGAUUUUACCCAACUACUGUGCCACCUAUGUGCCAAUAGCAAUUGUGAUGGUAGUCAAUCCUAUCAUUUAUGUAUUAGCAAGCAAAGAUGUAGAGAUGGCUGUUGCUUUUCCCCUAGCUCAGUUCACAAGUCGAGAAAGAAGAGUGGUUGACACUUUGAGACUAAAAUUUUUGCUUAUUAAUGUAGUUUUUUAUGUUUGCUGGAUGCCAAAUCUUAUAAAUGGUAUAUUGAUCUGGACAAUGUGGUUUAAUAUACCAGUGAAAGCAAUAAUCACCAUAUGGUAUAUAAUGGCUCUAUUGAAUCCAAUGCAAGCUUUGCUUAAUGCUCUAGUUUAUAGAAAAUGGAAUUCAAGCAACCGAACCUAUUCUCAGACAACUGCGAAGGGAACUCUCAAGGAAUUAAAUUUUUAUGACGAACAGUCGCCAUUGUUAGGUUCCGAACCCCCACGUCUCCAACUAUCCGCAAUACCACCUAGCAUCAAUAAUUAUGCUACCUUGUGAUAUUUUUAUUUUUAAACAUUAUUAUUAUGAAUAAGUGAUUUUAGCACGUGUGCGUGUGUAUGUUGCUCAAAUGUGACGUGUAAAAUGCCAAAUAUUGUAAGGAAAACAAGAAAAUAUUAUUUUUGUAACUUUUUCAAUAAAUAUAGUUUUUGUUUUAA